AUGAUGUUUUCCAGCGAUGGAUUUUUAACUGAUCAACCUCCUAGUAAAGGUCCGAGUCAAACUCAUUUGUUUACAUCGUUUCCAAAUUCUGCAGUUGAUCUCAAUGACGAUGAUGAUGAUGAUGAUCUUUUAUUAGAUAAUAAAUCGAAUAUUACUCAAUCUUAUGCAUAUAAACCAGCCAAUGAAGAAAAUUUAUCUCUUCCGUUACCAGCAACGAAUAAGAAUAAUACAAACAAUGAACAAUUACAUAUUUGGCAACUAGAGUAUUAUCAAAAAUAUUUCCAAAUCGAUACACAACAAGUACUUGAGCGUUUACUUGGUUCAAUAACGCCAAAGCCUAAUAGAUCUUAUUUUAAUUCAACAAUCAGACAUAAUCCUGAUUUAUAUGGGCCUUUUUGGGUGUGUGUUACAUUUAUUAUAACUGUGGCUAUUAGUGGAAACAUUGUUGCAUAUUUUCAAUUACCUGAUACUGAUUUUCAAAUCGAUUUUUCCAAGAUCACUUUAUCAGCUAUUCUCAUCUGUCUUUAUUGGUGGUCGAUGCCUACAGUUGUCUAUUUUUUCUUUCGCUAUUAUAUUAAAUGUAAUGAAUAUACAUUUCUCGAAUUAUUGUGCAUUUAUGGUUACAGUUUAACAAUAUUUAUUCCUGUUUCGAUUCUAUGGAUGAUACCAAUAGCGUGGCUGCAAUGGUUACUAACAAUAAUAGCAUCAGUCAUAAGUGGAAGUGUUUUAAUAGUAGCAUUUUGGCCAUCAGUUGAUUCUGACCGAAAAAGUUUUAAUGCUUUAUCAAUGCUAGUCGUUCUAUUUGCACAUUUAUUUAUGGCUAUUUGUAUUAUGAUGGUAUUUUUUCAUGUAUCAGAUAAUAAUAUUAACUCGAAGAUUGAAACAACUAUGUUGAGCACAAUGGCAUCAUCAACAACAGCAACGAGUAAAGUCUAA